UGACAUUGAGAAAUUUUGGGGGGGCUGCGGGUGGUGCAAACCAGGCCCUGCCAAAAUGCCCAGGUGGGACUCCUCGUGGGACACUUCAGAUGCCCGCAUCGGCGGUAGGCAACUCUACACUUCGGCAGCCGAGGGGGACAUUGUGACCGAACCGGAAGUACAGCCUACGAGUUGGCCCCCGAUGAGUCGAAUGCAGCUCUUCUCCACCAAGGCAGACAUCGAGCUGGAGAAACUGGUGGAUGCAGCCUUCUCCGAGACGGGAAUCUUGGGCGAGCCAGGCGAACCCGACCUCCUGCCGCCCACAGAUGAACCGGAACUGCAGAUGGCGCUGAGUCGUCUGCUACGCGCUGAACUAGCUUGCGACUUCGAUGAGGCCGUCCAGGAAGCCGAGGCGGCGAUGCGCUCGGCCCCGCCCGAGGACGUGGAGCGCGUUGCGUCCAUGGCUGCCGCGGCGAGCGCAAGACGCCGGGCCGCGCAGCGCGCCGCCUCGCACCAGGCGCACAUCGUGGAGGUGAUCCGCGAGCCCGUACCACAGUCAGAGGGCAGCGGGCAGCGCGCAAUGGAAAUCAUCGGCUACGUGGGGUCCACGGGUGGUAUCGACGGGACAGAGAGCGAUGAAGAGGAGAACUUGAAAUUAUAAAGCAGCUGGAGUGGUUACUUUAAAUUAUUUAAUUUCAUUAGCCCGAUUGGUUGGCAUUGAUCCGGUUGACCAUAGAAUAUUGAGAUACCGGUAAGUCAUUUAUGAUA